AUGGGCAGGAACAGCGCUGAGAGCUCAGAGGAUAGGCCCGUCGGGGUCAGCCGGGCAGAUGGCACAGGGGCCAAUGGGGCAGAGAGCGUUGCAGCAGCGCGAAGGCAAGGACAGAGCGGCGAGGGAGGGGAAAACGCGGAGGAAAGCGAGCCACGCAAGCGGCCCAUUGAGUUCCUUGUCUGCAGAGAGCCGCAUUCUGCAACCCCGCCCCUGGGCUGCGUGGGGAAGGCUGGAGCGGUGGGCGCAGAGCCCUGCCGGGCGGGCGGGCGGGCGGAGCAGCCGAGCCCCGUGCUGCAGCCCAGCCGAGCCGAGCCGAGCAGCCGAGCGCCGCGCUGCAGCCGAGCCGAGCAGAGCCGAGCCGAGCAGAGCCGAGCCGAGCAGAGCCGAGCCGAGCAGAGCCGAGCCGAGCAGCCGAGCGCCGCGUUGCAGCGCUCGGCCGCCGCUCGCGCGGGCUCCCCUAGCUGCCGUCCGCCGGCCUGCUCUGCAAGCCAGACUGAGCCCGAGAGGUCUCCUCGCCCUAUGUUGGGCCACUUGACGUUUCCGGCCACCCUUGGGAAAUCUGCCUUCCAGCGCUAG